CCGGCGCGGGCGGAGGCGAGCGGCGAAGCGCCCGAGGGCAGGAAGCUGCAAGUGAAGAAGUUGAACCUCUGCUGCUUCAGCUGAAGAGAGUAUUUCCCAAGUCUGAGCGGGAAAAGGUGAAAAGGGAAGUGGAGGAUGUUGCUGGUAGGUACGACUGUGACAGGAAGCCAUGACCAGCAGUGUGAUUGUCAACAGGAAACAAGAGGUCCCAGCUGAGGUGAUGCUGCCAUACAACAGACUCCCUGCGGCCUGCUGCCUGAUGGACUUUGUGGCCUGGAGAGCAGUGUCUGUCGUUGGAGAGACUCUCCUGGUCCCUCAUCUGCUGGAGUCUGAAUUGCUCUGCAUCUGGUUAAUCUGCUUUGCUGGAGCUGGCAAGCUGUGACACUUUUUCCUUGACACCUGCUACUGUAAAGAUCUUGACCAGCCAUGAGGAGAAAAGAGUCCCUGUGAGCAGCCUCCAGCAGCUGGCAGCUGAGUGCUCUGCAGCCUCCAGGCAGCUCCGAGGUGUCUUGGCCCUUGGGUGCUCUGCAGAUAUGAACGCUGAGCUUUCCUGGCACCUUCUCACGUUGGUCUGGUCGCUCUCACCAUGCUAGUACAUGGGAAAGAAGACUUCCUGUCAGACAUAGCUUACAUCAUCCUGGAGCUGGUCAUUGCGGUGCUGGCCAUCCUGGGCAACAUCCUGGUCUGCUGGGCAGUCUAUCUCAACAGCAACCUGCAGAACGUCACCAACUACUUCGUGGUGUCGCUGGCUGCUGCCGACAUCGCCGUGGGCGUGCUGGCCAUCCCCUUUGCCAUCACCAUCAGCACUGGUUUCUGUGCCUUCUUCUAUGGCUGCCUCUUCAUUGCCUGCUUCGUCCUGGUCUUGACUCAGAGCUCCAUCUUCAGCCUCCUCGCCAUCGCCAUUGACAGGAUCAUCGCCAUCCGCAUCCCCCUCAGGUACAAUGGCCUGGUGACUGGCUCUCGGGCUAAGGGCAUCAUUGCCAUCUGCUGGGUGCUGUCUUUCAUCAUCGGCUUGACACCAAUGCUGGGGUGGCACAAUCGUGCCCAGAUCGAGGAGCUGGGUUCCAACAGGUCCUCUCCCAUCAACUGCAGCAACAGCAUGGUGGCCUGUCUCUUCGAGGCAGUGGUCACCAUGGAGUACAUGGUCUACUACAACUUCUUUGCCUGCGUGCUCCUGCCCCUGCUCCUCAUGUUCGGGAUCUACCUGAAGAUCUUCAUGGCUGCUCGGCGGCAGCUGAAGCAGAUGGAGAACAAGAUGGUGCACGGCGAACGCUCCCGCUCCACCCUGCAGAAGGAGGUCCAUGCGGCCAAGUCUUUGGCCAUCAUCGUUGGGCUGUUUGCCGUCUGCUGGCUGCCACUGCACAUCAUCAACUGCUUCACCCUGUUCUGCCCGAGCUGCGCCCACGCGCCGCUCUGGCUGAUGUACCUGGCCAUCAUCCUGUCCCACGCCAACUCGGUCGUCAAUCCCCUCAUUUACGCCUACCGGAUCAGGGAGUUCCGCUACACCUUCCGCAAGAUCAUCAGCCAGCACAUCCUGGGCCGCAAGGAGCCCUUCCCGGCAGGAGCAGCCGGCUCCAGGACUUCCACGCCCGGCGGGGACGCGGAGAACGCCAGCAUGCGGCUCAGCCAGUACGCGCUGGAGCUCUACCCCAACGGAGAGCUCCACGGCGAUCCCGAAAAGCAGGACCUGAACAAGUGCAAAGCUGCCUCAGAAUGGCACCAGAAUGGAAACGCUCUGGACAUGGAGACAAACGGGCACCUCCCACACUCCUGCAAAAAUGGGAUGCUCUCGGAGGCAGGCAGGACCAGGGAGCUUCCCAGUGAAGAGCUCCUCGACGCCCAGCUGCCGUACUCAGAGCUGGAGAGAGCAGCCCUGGCAGCAGCUGAUGUGUCCUGAUGAGACUUCCAAAGUCUUCCUGGUAGAAUCUUGGUUUGAUUUUGUUGGUGACCUCUGCCGUGGCAGAAAGGAAAGCUGGGGGGCGGGAGGAGAGGUGUGUAUCCAGAUCGCUGUGGAGAAAGGGGUCCCUGGCCAGGACUGUUGGGUUGAUCCUAAUCCUAGACUGGACAACAGCCAAGAGCCCACUGAAAUGGACUAAGGAAGGAGGGACACCUUACCCACCAGUGGCCUGUCACCAAGAGCAGUGCCAAGGUCGAAGGUGGCAUUCCAAGUUCAGCACUGGUUGACCUGCUGAUGCAGGCCACAUCCUCACACUGCCUGUGCCCUGUGCCUGUGCUUGCGUGUGGGGCUCGCUGCCUGCCCCUAGGAACAAAAGCCUAGGAGCCGCCAGCAGCAGCAGGGAAGGGGCCUCUUAGUGCUUUGGCCCUGUGACAAACAGAAGGGGGAUAGCAACAUCUGUUGGUCAGGAUGGAUGCCAGCAGCUGCUUGGAGAGGGAAGGGAUUUACCUUCGGGUACCUCCAACCAUGGCAUUUUGUCUUUCAGUUCACCUUUUUAAGGCUGAUCCUGCAGUGGGCUGCUGGAAUGGGUUUUGUGUCUGGAGGAGUUUAUGUUAAGGUAUAAGAGAUGGGCAAGAGCUCAGAUCCGCUCCCUGGGCACUCAAUGCUCCAGGUGCACAGGGCAGAUGUAACCUAAAGCUGCCCACUUGGUCUGACAGAUGAUGGGAGCAGAGUCUGUCCUAUGGAUUUGCCUCAGCAAAAGGGCUGUUAGCAGGGCUUGGUGCCAGGCUUUGGUUUGUCUCACCAGGGUGGUCAUGCCCCGAGGUGCUGUGAGGAGCUGUGGGGGUGUGAGCUGUCUGUAUGCUUGUGGGCACUGUCUGCUUGUCUCUGUGCUUGCCCUCCUGAGCUCCUAGAAUGCAGAUUUGUUCCAUGGCCCCAGAUCUGUGUGAGGAGAGCUCAUUUUCCUAAUUUUGGUCAUGCUGCUCCUCACUCCAGAGGCUCUGGGAUUUUCUUCCUUCUCAGUGUGGGGAGGAGCACCCCCACACCUAAUGCCUGUCUUGGAAUUGCAGUGAGCUCUCUUCACGCCUCUUUCCUUUUGGGGUUGCAGGUUUUUUCCUGGUGUGCUUUACUGCGGAGCCCAAAGUGUCCCUGUGGUGCAGAGGCCAGGAGAGCCGGGCCUGUCUGCUUAGCAGAUGCUGCUUCUCUGAGAAGCUGAGAGGUGGCAGUGACAGCAGUCAGCUUAGAAGCUGCAUCAGGCUGUCAGGGAGCAGGCAGAUCCGCGCCGCAGCCAGCAGGUGCACUGCCGAGGUGCGUUGUGGAGGUGCUUCACAGCAGCUUGGUUCUUUCCUGUGGUACUUAGGAAGCCUCGUGGCCCAAGCACAGCAGAAUGGCACAGCAGCCUCCUGCUACCUAAACACUGUCUGGAGGUUGUUUUCCAGACAGUCCCUGUCCAACACACCAGCCCUCAGGAGAGACAGGCAGUGAUUGUCCUGCUGGGAAACUCAGUGUCUGCUAAUUCGAGGGAUCUGAAGCUUAUUGCCUAGCUGAAAGCAUCAGAAAUAUCUUCACCCAAACCUGCCUCCUCUUCCUGUCUCUGCAGUGGCCUUUUUCCAUGGUCUCAUCUGCAGGGAUGGAAGAGCAGACUGGAUCUGAGUGUUCUCAGCCCAGGUUUGGUUUAUAUAUUGAGCACUAUUCCAGUCAAAGUCACUCCACUCUUUGAGGAG